UUUGCAACUUCCAUCGAGCGCGUCAGUUACUGAGUUAGUAUUGUUACCAGGUUUUCCACCUGGUUCUGCCAGCAUCUUCUUUCAGUGCCAGUCGCGGAUGACUGCACUGGAUAUUCAUGCUUGCAGGCUCCACGUCGAGCAUCAGAUUGUCGCCUGCAUCAUCACAAGUAUCAUGUUGGCUUCGUCAAGUUCAACAACUUUUCGCUCGGCGACAGGCAACGUCUCGUACUUUCCAGGUCCAUCGUCGUAUCCAUGCUGUUCAUAUGAUGCAAGAAAGGGCUCAAGAAGAGGUGAACUGCGCUGUGAGCGAGCGCAAGGCAGACGACGCUCUGGUCAGGAAUGCAGGAUUGGCAGAUCAUUCGGACACGACUGUACAGCAGACACGCGUUUUAAAAUCAUCUGGACAGGAUGGCUUGAUGUCCCGCGCUCCGUUACCCGCAGACGAGUCUCUAAAUGUCGGAGCCAUCCACAUUCACGCUGGCAUCCGUUCAACUUACGGUCAACAAAACCCACAUUAUCAUUAUCCCAAUCCUCACUACCCUGGCCAUCAGAAUCCCAUAGAAUCACUCGAAGAGACACCACCAGACCGACUGAAGAUACGGCAAGAAUUAUUGGACAGCUUAUUGAAAGCUACCUCAAUGACAGAUGGGUGGGAGGCAUACCACACCUUGACAGUCAUGUUUCCCCAUCAUAUCCACAACCUCUCUGGAGUUCCCAAGAUACCUCAGCGUCACCUUCAUCAUCUUGCGCGCCUUCUUGCCUCCGCAAAACCUCGAACACGAACCCUUUUCUUACGACUUUCUGCUGUUUUAACGAUGCUACAUCGGUCCGGGUAUCGCAUAUACCUAUGGGAGUGGAAUGCCUUACUAGAUUGUGCAGGAAAGCGAUGGCGGAAAUGCAGUCUCGAAGACUACAAAGCGGCUGUGGAAGUUUUCAGUAAAAUGACUACACCACAGCCCUCCGAGAACCCGAGCGACGACGAGAAUCUGGCCGCAGAGCCCGGUAUGGGGCAUGUGCAACCCGACAUCAUUACAUACACAACCCUCAUUUACAUUGCUGGCCGCUCGCUUGACCCCAGUGCCAUCCGCCACGCAUCUAAUCUGCUCAGAGCCUCAGGGCUACCACCAAACCGCAUCACCCAUCUAUCAUUGUUACACUAUUAUACGCGAACAAAGCAAUUGUCCGGUGUUCGAUCAACUCUGCAGAAGAUGAGAGAGCAAGGCUUUGAGCCUGGUCUGGAUGGUAUCAACGCAUGUGUAUGGGCCUAUGGCCGGAAUGGGCAUAUGGAUGUCGCUUCAACGAUUUACCGCGUGCUACGCCACAAUCUGCAACCGGAGCUCGAUGUAGGCGAUUAUGACAUCGAGGCAGCCAUCAAGUACCUGCUAGAUGUGGAGGGCAUCGCUAUUCGGGGCGAUAUAAUACCCGACGAGAUCACAUAUACUUCCUUGAUCCAAGCCUUUGCCUAUCAUGGACAGAUUAUGAAGGCCCUUCACGUCUUCGUGGACAUGCUUUCUACACCCAAUAGGGAACCGAAGGCUGCUAUCAGUCAGCAGACAGGUGAACCUUCCCUCUAUCAGCCGACCCUUUCUGCGUUCCGGGGAAUAUUCCUCGGCUUCGCGCGGCAUGCGCAGAAACCGCUUCUCCUGCGGACCCCUCCCGGAUCGUUAUCUGAGCGUCUCCGCCCUAUCCAGAAAAAUGAUUGGAACCUCGAGAACCUCCAUCAAGUGUUCAAGGCUUUCAUGAAUUUGCCCACAGAUGCCAUGCCGAGUGAGAGGCUGAUCUACUGGAUCUUGAUAUCCUUCGGCAAAGCUAGCGGUAAUGACGCGGGAAAGCUGCGAAAGGUGUUUUUACAACUUGAACAGCGCUUUGGUGGCGGAUGGGGUGGUCGGUUGGACAGGCUGCGGAAAGACUUAUUUGGCAACAACGGGAGUGGUGGGCACUAA